CGCCCCUCGCCCCGGGAGCCUGGUUUCCGGCGGGAGCCGGCGGGGCGGGAGCGAGAGGCUCCAGUUGUCGUGAACCGCGCCUGGCCCGGGGACUGCGCUGCCCGCUGACGGGCGCCGCCACGAUGUCUCACUCGGAGAGCCCGGUGCUCUGCCGCGAGUCUCAGGUGUCCACCUUGCAGGCCCUGUUUGGAGAGAGACAUCAUUUCAGCUUUCCCUCCAUUUUUAUUUAUGGACAUACUGCUAGUGGAAAGACCUAUGUAACACAAACUUUGUUGAAGACUUUAGAGCUCCCGCAUGUCUUUGUGAAUUGUGUUGAAUGCUUUACCUUAAGACUGCUUUUGGAACAAAUUUUAAAUAAGUUGAAUCAACUUAGUUCUCCAGAGGAAGAACGUUCUACUCUAAUAACCUGUGAAACACUUAAUGACUUUGUUCGCUUGUUUAAACAAGUAACCAAAGCUGAAAAUCUCAAGAAUCAGACUGUAUAUAUUGUUCUAGAUAAAGCAGAGUAUUUGAGAGAGAUGGAAGCAAAUCUUUUGCCUGGGUUUCUUAGGUUACAAGAACUGACUGACAGAAAUGUGACUGUUAUCUUUCUCAGUGAAAUAGUGUGGGAAAAGUUUCGUCCAAAUACUGGAUGCUUUGAACCAUUUGUCUUGUAUUUUCCUGAUUAUAGCAUAGGAAACCUUCAAAAGAUACUGUCCCACGAUCAUCCUCCAGAUUACUCAGCUGAUUUUUAUGCUGCCUAUAUUAACAUUCUUCUUGGAGUUUUCUACACUGUUUGUCGCGAUUUGAAAGAGCUCAGACAUCUAGCAGUGCUAAAUUUUCCUAAAUAUUGUGAACCUGUGCUUAAAGGAGAAGCAAGUGAACGUGAUACUCGCAAACUCUGGAGAAAUAUUGAACCUCAUUUGAAGAAAGCCAUGCAGACUGUUUAUCUAAGGGAAAUUUCAAGUUCACAGUGGGAAAAGCUACAGAAAGAUGACACAGAUCCAGGACAAGUAAAAGGUCUCUCUGCGUAUACUCAUGUGGAACUUCCCUAUUACUCCAAGUUUAUUUUAAUUGCUGCAUACCUUGCUUCAUACAAUCCAGCAAGAACUGAUAAGAGAUUCUUCCUUAAACAUCAUGGAAAAAUCAAAAAAACCAACUUUCUAAAGAAACAUGAAAAGACAAGCAAUCAUCUCCUUGGACCAAAACAAUUUCCUCUAGACAGAUUAUUAGCAAUAUUAUAUAGUAUUGUGGACAGUAGAGUUCUUCCAACAGCAAAUAUCUUUUCCCAGAUUACUUCUCUAGUGACCCUUCAGCUAUUAACUCUGGUUGGCCAUGAUGAUCAACUUGAUGGACCAAAAUACAAAUGCACAGUAUCUCUAGACUUCAUCAGAGCUAUUGCUAGGACAGUGAACUUUGACAUAAUAAAAUACUUGUAUGAUUUCUUGUGAAAACAAGCUUCAAAGCCAUAUGGACACUGUGACAAUGACUAAGCCAAGCUGUGUUCAUCCAACUACUUAGCUGGCCGCGGAGAGGAGUUCUUUGGCUCUAUUGGAUUUGUCCAGACAGGUGCUGGCCCAGCAUGGAACCUGAUGAAAAUACUCUGAUUGGUCUGAGUGGAUGUGAGCAGAAGACUAUUUACCAGGGACCCUGGAGUAUUUGGAAGCAAUGUGUUAAUUAUAAACAGCAGGGUUUGAGCACAAUCUGUUCUGCUCUUAAUGAUGUUAUCUUAACACUGAAAUUGCCUGAAACCCAUUUACUUAGGACUACAUUUUGCACCAUGAACUAUCCCCUGCACUUUGAACAUGCCAGCAGCCCUUGUAUAUAAGCCCAAUCUUUUCACUUCCUCUCCACAGGAACCACUGCAGUUGCCUGCCAAAGCAGAUUUUCCUAAGGCCACAGUUUUAAAAGAUGAUAGUUACAAAAUAUAAUAAAUAGACGCUUUUUGAAAAUCUCGCUUGUAUAUGCUUAUCUUUUCACCAUGAUUUUCUCAAGAGGCAGUGAAAGUUGUUUGAUCAGCUGCAGGACAACUUCCCAUCACUCCACUUACUGGAAACUAUUGUGUGCUUGUAUGAGGUUUUCUCUGGGUGCUCUUGGAAUUAACCACCCAACUUAGUUUUUUAAUCCAAAUUAUGGGUUUUCUUCUUUGUUUAAAAUUGCCCUUUAAGAGUUCCACAAUAAAUUUUUUUCCUGGUA